AUGAAGGCGCCGAGGAGACCGAGGCAGACGCGGCUCCUCCCGCGUGUCUGCUUAUGUGGAGUCGGUCUGCUCGCAGCCGCCUUGAUCUUUCACCUCAAUGAUGUGACAGGCUCCCAUCGACCCACUGUGGAGCGUGACAUCGUCUUAUCCAAGAGAGAGCUCAUCCAGCAAAAAGAAGAUAACCAGACUGACAGUAUUUCUAGAUCUGCUAUCAAUGAGUUCCCUGAAGAUAUCUUUACUCUGGAGCAGAGGAGGCAGGGAGCAGUACUCCUUCAUGUUCUGUGCGCUAUCUACAUGUUUCAUGCGCUGGCCAUCGUGUGUGAUGUUUACUUUGUGCCAUCACUGGAAAAAGUAUCAGAGAACCUUCAGCUCAGUCAGGAUGUUGCUGGGGCAACCUUUAUGGCAGCUGGGAGCUCCGCCCCUGAGCUCUUCACCUCUUUGAUUGGGGUGUUUAUCACAAAAGGAGAUGUGGGCGUGGGAACUAUUGUGGGAUCCGCUGUCUUUAACAUCCUGGUCAUCAUCGGCAUCUGUGGCAUCUUUUCUAAACAGCCCAUCACCCUGAGCUGGUGGCCUGUUUUUCGUGAUGCUGUUUUCUACAUCUUGUCCAUACUGGUGCUUAUUCUGGUCAUCUAUGAUGAAAAAGUCCUGUGGUGGGAGACCAUCAUCCUGAUCUCUAUGUAUGGAAUCUACAUAAUCAUUAUGAAGUUCAACAGAUCUCUGUGCAGCCUCGUAGAGAGACACUGCAGCAGGGCAGGUCUGCCGUGUCUGAGCAGUCUGCGACGGACGACUGCUGUCGGAAACGUCGGAGACUGUGACAACGACAUGGUGCCGCUGAAGCCAGACUCAAGCGUGGUGGCCGGUCAGGACUCAGGGGUGGUGAUGGUGGAUGAGCUGCUGCACCUGCACCCCCACCAGCUUUCUUUCUCUGAGGCAAGCCUCCGCCUUCUCAUCACCCCGCAUUUCCCCCCCUUCACCCGCCUGCGCAUGGCAGGACGCAUGGUCAUCAAUGAGAGGCAGAGGCUGAUUCGGGCUCGGGUUGGCCCAGAGGAGGGGGGAGCUUCGGGGGAGGAGGGUUUGGGUGCUAGCGGGUCGUGGGGGAGGGAGAAUGGGACGGUGGCUGAGGGAGACAGGCAGAUGCUGGAGGGAGAGACGGAGAGGGGUAAAGAGAUGGGGGGGGAGACAGGUGGGGGAGCACAGCCUAAAGAAGAAGAGGAGGAGGAGGAAGAGCAAGAGGAAGGAGAGGAGAACACUCCAUUCAAACCCUUCAUUCUGCCAGAUGGCUGGUGUGUGCGUCUGAAGUGGCUGCUGUCCUGGCCUGUGAGCGUCCUGCUUCACUGCACCAUCCCCGACUGUAACCUGCCGCGGUGGGAGCGAUGGUACCUGCUCACCUUCCUGUCCUCCACGCUCUGGAUAGCCCUCUUCUCCUACCUCAUGGUCUGGAUGGUGACCAUAAUCAGCUACACACUUGGAAUCCCAGAAGUCAUCAUGGGCAUCACUUUUCUGGCAGCCGGCACGAGUGUCCCUGACUGUAUGGCUAGCCUCAUCGUUGCCCGACAAGGGAUGGGUGACAUGGCCGUGUCUAACACCAUUGGCAGUAAUAUCUUUGAUGUGCUGCUGGGCCUGGGCUUCCCCUGGGCGCUGAGGACUCUCAUAGUCAGCUAUGGAUCAGUGGUGACAAUCAACAGCAAAGGCCUGGUGUACUCAGUGAUUCUGCUGUUGGCCUCAGUCGCACUUACUGUGCUUUGUGUCCAUCUGAACCGCUGGAGGUUGGACCGCAGGCUGGGACUCAGUCUCAUGCUGCUCUACGCCAUCUUCCUCCUCUGCUCCGUCGGAUUUGAGAGGCUGUAAAGGACACACACACACACACACACUUGCAGUCACACAAAAGGACACACCUGUAUGGUCAAACGCCCAGAUUUAAAGAAGUGGUCGAACUUGUUUUCCACCCUCACUGCUGCCAUUAUUAAUUAUACGUGUGGGCAGACGAAUUUUCAUUUCAUUUCACGGUGGCUGUACAUGUUUGAGCAGUGUUAAUGCAACACCGACUGCCUGAAAGCAACAUUGUUUACCUUUGAUAAACGAGUAUUUUACAUAGUUUUGUACCGAACACUUCCAGCCCAGAUUUUAUGAAAUCAAACCCAACUGAUAAUGCACUGUCUCACAACAAAUUUAUAAAGUAUUGAAUUUGUAUUCUGAAACCAAGAAUAUUGUAUAAGGAAUCCCAAAGUGUGUUAGUUUACCUGUUAUUACUUUAUGACUGCCAUAAGUAACCUCAACGACCAGAUGAUUAUACAUGUAAGUUUAUAUAGUUGCUUCUCAGUCUGUGCAGUUACUUUAUGUAAAGUUUAAUGUCAGGAUUUCAUUACGCCUUUGUGUCUGUAGCUGUAAAUGGCAUCGCAUGGCUGAUCAUCACGCUCCGGAUAAUUGCACUAAGCCACUGUUGUCUUGGCCUUGUUCAUAAUGUAUCUCCCACCCCCACCCCCACCUCCCUUUCCUAAAAGAUUCUCAGCACAGAGGUCAUGUUUUGUUGCUGGAACAAAGGCGACUGUAUGCUACAAGGUGUUUUUGAAUGUCUGUGUUUGGAGAAAGU